UGGUUUCAUUUCGCGGUACGUAACUGUUGUGCUUAAUAGUUAUUUUACUGUGACAUUUCUAUUAAAAAAGUGAAAAUAGUGGAUAUAUAUAGAAAUAAACUCAUUCAAAAUCAAUAAACUUUGAAGUAUUCUGUGAGAAAAGUAAACUGUUCAUUAGUGUAUUUGUUGUGAGUAAAUCUCUUAGAAACCAAAAUGGAUCAAGCAAGAGAGAAGGAAAUUGAGGAAGAGUAUUUGUCAUCAUUGAUGGAUCUCAACGUCAACAGCAAGCCGCUCAUUAAUAUGCUAACGAUGUUGGCAGAAGAUAACAUCGAAAAUGCACAUGUGAUAGUGAAAGCAGUUGAAAUGCAUUUGGCAAAGGUGUCACCGGAUGUUAAACUACCAAUACUUUAUUUAAUUGAUUCGAUUGUUAAAAAUGUCGGUGAUAAGUACAAACAACUGUUCGCACAAAAUAUUGUAAAUAUGUUUUGUGGAGUGUUUGAAAAGGUCAAUGAAAAAGUUCGUGAAAAGAUGUUCAAUCUUCGAAUGACAUGGAAUGAAGUCUUUCCCCAAACAAAGCUUUAUGCUUUAGAUGUUAAAGUCAACGUUUUGGAUAACAAUUGGCCAAUAACAGCUAAAGUUGUGCCUAAAUCAGUUCAUGUUAAUCCAAACUUUCUCAAAAACCAGCCACCACCAGAAGCUCAACUUCAAACUCGAGCUCAGGAAGAUCUUCUAAAGCAAAUGAAAGAGAAAGAACGCGAAUUGUUGGAGUUGAAGCAACGAAAAAUUGAACUCGAACUGAUGGUGACGAAGAAGAAAAUUGCUGAAUCAGAAAAAGAAAUUCGUAGUGGAUUUGUUAAUCCAUCAGUGCCAGUAGUUCCUGUUUCUUUAGUCCAAUCGACUGGAAUGCCUGGAAUAAUGAUUCCUCCACCUGCACAACAAGGUCGUGUUCGAAUUGCACCAGUAAGUGCUGGAAUGAUAUCGACAGCUCGUUCUCGAGAUCCACGAUUACUUCGAAUGAGACAAAAUGUUCCAUCGACAACAAUUAGUCACUCUAACAUGCCGCCAUCAAUUCCUUCUCCAUUAGUGUCACUUUCUGGAAGUUCCUUGACAAAAUCUCUGCCAAGAAUUCCAAAAUUUAGUCAACAACAAACCAACAAUAAAAUGUCAAGAGAUGAGGAAAGAGAUCCGAGAAUACGAAAAUCUAGAGAAGAUUCGCAUAGCAAUUCAAUGAAACUGAACAAGAACAAUAGUCAAAAUACAAAGUCAAGAUCAUCACAUUCAUCAAAGAAUUCAUCAUCGAAAUCAAGUGAACGUAAAAAAUCAGGAUCAAGUGAUGAUACAUCACCAAGGAAGAGAAACGACGAAGAGAAAAAAUCAGCACGCAGCUCUUCUUCACAUCACCAUAAAUCAUCAAUAGGUUCCAAAUCACGUUCAUCGAAAAGUCCCUCGAAAAUGUCACCACCAAACAACAGCGAUAGUUCUAAGGAUGUUGAUUUACGUUUCAAUCUCUCCAGUGAUGCAUUGAUGAAACCCGACAGCACUACAAAUCCAACAAGUAGCAAGUCUAACAAAGAUAAACUUCUAACUGACUUGUUGAAUGAUGAAGAUUUGAAGUCUAGUCAUGAUAUUCCAUCCGAUGAUAACGGUAAAGAAAAUAAACCAAUUUUAGUAGUCACAAUAAGUAAAUCACUUUUAAAAUUUAUUGUGACGGCGAUAAACCUUCUGUAGCUUAAGGAUCUUUAAAUAUCUGUGAUAAUAAUGACAAAGUGCUCAUAAAACUAAAACAAAGAAAUGAAAAUUGUACCUGAAUGUGUCAUAUUAAUGAUGACUCAUUUUACAUUAAUGAAUGUUCCUUUCAUUAAAACCUUAAUAACUUUAGUUUUGAUGAUUAAAAAAAAGUUAAUAAAAAGAGUUUUCUCAUUGUUUUAUCCACACUUUAUAGUAAUUUUGGGGAAAUCUAUUAAGAAUUAAUUUACAUAAAAAAAAUGUAAUUGAAUAAAAAAGAAACAAAAC